AUGGACACUAAAACGAGGUGGAGACCAACUCAGCAGGAUCAAGAAAUGUUCAGGCUACCGGAGGACCCCAGCAAGGCGUGGAUACGGGUCGGUCACGUGACUGACGGGGAUGCGGGCGGCCACGGCGAUGGCGACGGAGGCGACGAUCCGAGUCGCGUGGCCCAGCAGCUUGGGCGCGUCCAGGUGACCCCGGUGCACCCUUCUUCUGUUCGCCACCGCCACAGGCAAGAAAUCUCCGUGCUGACCGAGCUUCAGUCGUUGGCGACCGCGGAAACGGUGCAUUUAUUGCGGUUGCGGAUCAGUCAGCGGCUGGCGGAGCUCGGAGCGGGCCCACAGGGUCCCCAGACGUUGCUCCAGCUGUUUGAGAGCGUGUGUGGAUGGACCACCGGGCUGGUGACACAGACACAGAAGCCAGGGUUCUCGACAUCUCCGACGUCCGAGACCGCCAGCGAGCUUCACAGCGACAUCACUCCAGUCACCACCAACGGCUCCAAUCCGGGCUCGUUUGGUUCGGCGCCUUCGAUGGUUGCAUCUCAGACCAGCGACAGACCCUCUGCAACCGCCACAGCUCUGACCUCGAACAUGACUCGACAGAUGAAACACAAACAAAUGGGCUCAGCCACAAACACAGGUGCAAACACAAACGCAUACACAAACACAAACACAAACAGCAUCCAGCUGUCGACGGUGUCCAAGGGAUACUAUGCCAAUCUCGACACUGCUCCGGGUCUCACUUUGGCCAAAAUGUUGUGUGCGUCUCCGGAGUAUGCUCUUCGGGAGUCGUAUUUUCAAAAGUGCUUUCCCAUGCACAGAAAGCAGUUUGAGCACGCGACGCAGCCACGGUCGUUUUUGCGGACUCCGCGGUUCAAAAAGGUGCUCAUUUCGCCAGAUUGCACCAUGAUUGCGAUGGUGGGAGACCGACAUUGGGAGGUUUUCAAGGUCGGCGAAAACUUCAACUACCCACCAACGUUGCAUUGCGAGGGUCAGAUGAAUGGAGUCCAUGGACGACUCAACGAGGCCCGCUAUCCCAAAAAGGACAGGUAUGCCAAGGACGAGGUGGUUGCCGAAGUGUUGCCUCCGGGACCCGCCGACCUCGGGGACUUUGAAUGGGAGUUCAACCACGCCUCUCUUUCAAACAGAUACCUCGCCAUCACCGGAACCAAGGGAAUGGUCCGAGUUUUCGAUCUGGAAAAGCUUGGAAAGCCCAUCUACACCUACCGAUCUGACUUUAACGCCCAGGCGAUCGCAUUGAGCUCGUCGGGAUCUCUUUUGGUAUGUUCCAUCACCGGACGCGACCUUAAGACUGACGCCGUCAAGCCCAUGAUUGCCUUGCAUAACUUGGGCGAUUUGAGACGCAAGGUGAGGGUUAGGAGGGAUUCAGCCAGGGAAACGGGUAGAGAAGGUGGCUCGCGGGACACCCCUGGUACGUCGCGUGAUCGGCGCGACUCGACGGUCUCCUCGCAGAGACGCGAUUCCGUUUCCACCUCGCAGAGACGCGAUUCAGUGUCGACCAGCACGAUUUCUCGCACCUCGACGUCUCGAACAGCAGAAUCGACACAUUCUAACUCGUCUUCUUCCACUUUUGGACUCACCCGGGGCUCUCCAACCACCCUGACCACCCCGUACACAGAUCCCGUGACUCGGCUGAUCAUUUCGGCUCAAGAAACAUCCAUUCUUUGUGCCACCGAGACCCAGAGUCGGUUUUUCGUGAUUGAUGUCCAGUCUCCAGUUGAGCCUCGGCUGAUUAUGAAAAGCGCAAGACGUGCGGAUUCGUCGCCAGAAUCCGAAGGAAUCACCGAUCUGGCGUUUUUUCCGAACCAGCAAGUUGUUGUGGUGGCUUCUUUGGCCAAGGAUAGUCCUCCCAUUGUGGUUGAUACCAAUGUGCGUAAUCUUCAUCCGGCCUUGCCGCCCACCUCGGUUUCUCAGCCUUCUCUCUUGUCUCGGCUCGAUUCUCUGGGUUACAAUAUCCAUUGUGUGGCGGUAUCUCCUCGGGGAGAUGCUAUGGCAUUUGUGGACAAGUCGGGGCUGGUCUAUGUGGUCUAUCUUGAUCCACAUACGUAUGCUGCGAGGAAGACGGUGCUGGUGGCGGAGGUGGGAAGUGCACAGAAUGCCUACGAGGCUGCGGCUGUGAGGUUUUCGGCCGAUGGACAGGUGCUGUUUACGGUGGAUUACAAGGGGGUAUGUCAUAUUCAAGAUUGGGGAGCGGGAAUGCCGAAUCAUGCCGGGGUGGGCAAGUGUCAGACAUUGAGGGCGAACAAGAGUUAG